AUGAAGUACUUGGCUGCCUACUUAUUGUUGCAACAGGGUGGUAACGCAUCCCCAUCUGCCGCUGACAUUUCCGCUGUCUUGGAAUCCGUUGGUGCUGAGGUCGAACAAGACAAGCUCAGCUUGUUGUUGACUUCUUUGGAGGGAAAGUCCGUCGAGGAGUUGAUUGCUGAGGGUUCCCUUAAGUUGGCCUCCGUCCCAUCUGGUGGUGCCGGUGUUGCUUCUUCUGGUGCUGCUGCCUCUUCCGGUGCUGCUGCUGAGGAAGCUGCUGAGGAGGUUGUUGAGGAGAAGGAGGAGUCCGACGACGACAUGGGUUUCGGUUUGUUUGACUAA